AUGGCUAUCAAUAUCGGAAGACCACGGGUUCCAACUAGUCUUGUUCCUGGUCCCGAUUUGCAGGGCGGCCCACACACAGUGUUGAAGAUAGGACAAAUCGAGAGCAAGGAAACAUGGGUUAUCGAUACGACAGGCUGUCAAUAUGGAUUCCGAGAUGUGCUUGUUCCGUUUGUCAAACCUCGGGCUUACGACGCAUGUGAAACAAAGGACUUGGACUACUUAUCAACUCUUCAUAUCUUCAACAAAACAAAAGCGCAACGGCAGGAUAUGCGACUAGAACGACUAACCCGUCACCAUUUUGCCGUCUUCAUUUAUAUGAAUGUACAUGAGGACUUCCUUGUGGGCUCUUGCGCCGACUACAAGAACAAAAUUGAUCGCUUCGUCAAUGAGCUCAAAGCUCACAUGGUUGAUUCUAUGAGGAAGGCAGGUGACGAUUUUGAAGAUUCUGAAGAUGAUUGA